CCUGGCACAUCCAGGGCUGGAGCUCUCCAAGGUGGCACCAAUUUCUAGCCCCACUGGGCUGACCUCACCCUCCAACUUCUGAGAGGAAGGUGCGUGGAGUGAUUAGUUCUCCUGGUACUUGUCAACAGAGCCAAGUAGUAUUUCCCUCAUUAGCCCAUUAAUGCCUAUGUCUGUUCUCAACUGCAGUGAUGGUGUUGACCAAAGCAAAGCCUUGCUCUUUGGGCAUGUGCCAGUUGCUUACUUAUCUGCCCUAUAAUACCUUCAGGCUGACACAGCAGCAUGGCUGGGCCCUGAGUUGUAGAAAGGAAGCCAGUAGGAGAGGGUACAUGAUAUACCCAUUUUUGAGCAUCUGUAGCAUGAAACACUGCCUAAGAAGACAUGAGGUCCAGCCACUUCCAUACUUCUAACUCAGCCCUUCUCUCUCUGAAGGCUACAUCUCUGUCCCAGAGCCACUAAGAUUUGCUGAGGCUGGUAGAGGGUAGAGAGUGCCGAUCUACAUGACAUAUUCCCCUGCUUGAUCAAUAAGACCCAGGACUUUAUUAUUCUUCCCAGGCACCAACCGGAUCAUUAGGAACGUCAGAAGAACAGAAACCAAAGACCACACACCCACGAUCUCACGCUAUACAACUCAUCCUCCUUACUAUCCACCACCCCAAAGCAGCAACUCCUCUCAGGCAGUUAGACAGUAUCCUAGCCUGGGAAUUUAAAAAAUAUGUUUCAUUCUUAGGUCUGCCAUAAAUUCACUAUGUGAACUAGGCAAAUCACUACUUUUCUCUCUGCAUCUGGAAAUGAAGAGGUUAAUACAGAUGGUUUUUAAGCCCUUUCCAGUUUUAGGUUUCUGAGAAUGCUAAGUAUACCUUAACAUCAAAAGUGAGCCAGGACACAGCUACCUGGUAACAAUGCCAAAGAAACACCUCGAGUCAGGCACAAUGAUGCCCCUCCCUCCUCCACCGCUUCAUCUACAGUCAGGCAGAGGCAACUGGCCAUCUCUGUAGAUGGCACCAAGGGGAGGGACGGGCGCGGUAGAGAGCGUGAAGCCCCGCCCAGAGUCCAAGGUGAGACCUUCAGACUACAAAUCCCAGCAUACAGUGGCAGCUCUGAAAGGUAUCUCGCUCUUCCCCGAGUCCACAUUACAUUACACUGCAUCGCACGCAUCGCAUCACACGGAACUACGGUUCCCAGAAUCCACCAGACCCAUCGCGAUUCUUGCUCCCAGGGUGCAAUGCUCUCCCUUCGCCCUUUGGACCUCUGCGCGUUGCAAACUGGGAGCUGAAGUCCACUGCGGGCAGGUAGCUGGGCGUUGUCAGCAUUACAAACUCUUCGCCUUUGGCUUUCUCUUGGAGGGCAGUUUUCAGAGACAGUAAUCAAAAGAGCAAAUCCAAGCUCUGCUGGCUCCCCCCAAGACGGACGAGGCCGAAAAGCGGAGUCGGAAGCCUGAGAAGGAGCCCCGGAGAAGCGGCAGGGCCACCAACCACGACAGCUGCGAUAGCUGCAAAGAAGGUGGGGACCUCCUGUGCUGUGACCACUGCCCGGCCGCCUUCCAUCUCCAGUGCUGCAACCCUCCACUGAGUGAAGAGAUGUUGCCUCCUGGGGAGUGGAUGUGUCACCGGUGCACUGUUCGACGAAAGAAACGAGAGCAGAAGAAAGAACUGGGCCAUGUCAAUGGACUGGUGGACAAAUCUGGCAAACGGACUACAUCCCCCAGCAGUGACACUGACUUGUUGGACAGAUCAGCUAGCAAAACUGAACUCAAGGCCAUUGCCCACGCCCGGAUCCUGGAAAGGAGAGCCAGCCGACCUGGCACACCCACAUCCAACGCCAGCACGGAGACCCCCACCUCUGAGCAGAAUGACGUCGACGAGGACAUCAUCGAUGUGGACGAGGAGCCAGUGGCCACAGAGCCGGACUACGUGCAGCCCCAGCUGAGGCGGCCCUUUGAGCUGCUGAUCGCUGCCGCCAUGGAGCGGAACCCCACCCAAUUCCAGUUGCCCAAUGAACUGACUUGUACCACUGCACUACCAGGUUCCAGCAAAAGGAGAAGAAAGGAGGAAACCACGGGGAAAAACGUUAAGAAAACACAGCACGAGUUAGAUCACAAUGGUCUUGUUCCCUUGCCAGUCAAAGUCUGCUUCACGUGUAACAGGAGUUGUCGUGUGGCCCCUCUCAUCCAGUGUGACUAUUGCCCCCUCCUGUUCCACAUGGACUGCCUCGAGCCCCCGCUCACUGCCAUGCCCCUGGGCAGGUGGAUGUGUCCGAAUCACAUCGAACAUGUGGUGCUGAACCAGAAGAACAUGACGCUGAGCAAUCGGUGCCAGGUGUUUGACCGUUUCCAGGACACCAUUUCACAGCACGUCGUCAAAGUGGACUUCCUGAACCGAAUCCACAAGAAGCACCCUCCCAACCGCCGCGUGCUCCAGUCGGUCAAAAGAAGAAGCUUGAAGGUUCCCGAUGCCAUCAAAUCUCAGUACCAGUUCCCACCCCCUCUCAUUGCACCCGCGGCCAUUCGGGACGGGGAGCUGAUCUGUAAUGGGAUCCCUGAGGAGUCACAGACGCACCUUGUGAACUCUGAGCACUUAGCCACCCAGGCAGAGCAGCAAGAGUGGCUCUGUAGUGUUGUUGCGCUCCAGUGCAGCAUAUUGAAACAUUUAUCUGCUAAGCAGAUGCCUUCGCAUUGGGACUCUGAACAGACAGAGAAGGCUGAUAUUAAGCCUGUUAUUGUGACUGACAGCUCAAUCACCACCUCCCUGCAAACAGCUGACAAGGCACCUCCACCUUCCCACUACCCCUUGUCCUGCCCCUCAGGGCUUAGCACCCAGAAUUCCCUGAGUUGCUCUCCACCCCACCAACCCCCAACCCUAGAGGACAUCAGCUGCAGCUCUUGUGCGGAAAAAUCCAAGAAAGCCCCCUGUGGGACUGCCAACGGGCCGGUGAACACAGAGGUGAAAGCCAAUGGCCCACACCUCUACAGCAGCCCCACUGAUUCCACGGACCCCCGGCGACUUCCAGGCGCCAACACCCCCCUACCAGGCCUCUCACACCGGCAAGGCUGGCCCCGGCCCCUCACGCCACCAGCGGCUGGGGGGCUUCAGAACCACACCGUCGGCAUCAUUGUGAAGACAGAGAAUGCCACUGGCCCCAGCUCUUGCCCCCAGAGGAGUGUGGGUCUUGUCCCAAGCCUACCCCCUUCCGUUCCCAGCUCUUGUGCCAGCAUCGAGAACACCAGCACUUUGCAAAGAAAGACUGUCCAAUCCCAGAUAGGACCUCCGUUGACAGAUUCAAGGCCACUGGGCUCACCCCCAAAUGCCACCCGGGUGCUCACUCCCCCCCAAGCUGCAGGUGAUGGUAUCUUGGCCACAGGAGCCAACCAACGAUUCUGCUCACCAGCGCCAUCGUCAGAUGGCAAGGUCAGCCCCGGCACGUUAUCCAUAGGAAGCGCUUUAACCGUACCCUCUUUCCCAGCCAACUCUACUGCCAUGGUGGACCUCACCAACUCACUUCGAGCAUUCAUGGAUGUCAAUGGAGAAAUCGAGAUAAAUAUGCUGGACGAGAAGCUGAUCAAGUUUCUGGCCUUGCAGAGAAUACAUCAGCUUUUCCCCUCCCGGGUCCAAGCUUCACCGGGCAGUGUCGGGGCACAUCCGCUGGCUUCUGGAGGGCACCACACGGAAGUGCAGAGAAGGGAAGUACAGGCCCGAGCUGUGUUCUACCCCCUCUUAGGGUUGGGAGGCGCUGUGAACAUGUGCUAUCGAACCCUCUACAUCGGGACAGGAGCUGACAUGGACGUGUGCCUUACAAACUAUGGUCACUGUAACUACGUGUCCGGGAAACAUGCCUGCAUAUUCUACGAUGAGAAUACCAAACAUUAUGAGCUGUUAAACUACAGUGAGCACGGGACAACGGUGGACAAUGUGCUGUAUUCAUGUGACUUCUCUGAGAAGACCCCGCCAACCCCCCCAAGCAGUAUUGUUGCCAAAGUGCAGAGUGUCAUCAGGCGCCGCCGGCACCAGAAACAAGAUGAAGAGCCAAGUGAAGAGGCAGCCAUGAUGAGCUCCCAGGCCCAGGGGCCGCAGCGGAGACCCUGCAACUGCAAAGCCAGCAGCUCGAGCUUGAUUGGGGGCAGUGGGGCCGGCUGGGAGGGCACGGCCUUGCUGCACCACGGCAGCUACAUCAAGCUGGGGUGCCUGCAGUUUGUCUUCAGCAUCACUGAGUUUGCGACCAAACAGCCCAAAGGCGAUGCCGGCCUGCUGCAAGAUGGGGUCUUGGCCGAGAAGCUCUCUCUCAAGCCCCACCAGGGCCCCGUGCUGCGCUCCAACUCCGUUCCCUAGGACUGGCGGCCAUCCCGUCACCCGCCCGUCCACCCCACCCAAGACUCCUGCAAUGCAAAAAUGUACACAAACCAAGCCCGGGUUUUUUUUUUCUAUACUCUACCGGAAACCCUUCGACUACAAUCUUUGCAUGAAAUGAAGAAACCUUUUGACUGUUUUUUAAAAAUCCUUUUUCUUUUCUCAAGUUCUAGGGGGCAUUUGCACAUAUAUUUGUACUCAACAUUUCAUGGGAAAGCGGCAGACCGAGCUGAGGAACAGCGUGGGCAGGGAGGGGAAGGCCGAUGGUCUGGACACCUCCGACACAAAACCGUUCCCCACCCACCUCCUGCUCCCUCCCCCUCGCCCGCCGUUGUAAAAUAAUCAGAAACUUGUUCUAUUUUGUGGCAGUGACAAUAGUUUUAUAUUAAAAGAAAAAAAUACAGUUUUCAUACAGCAAAAUCUAUACAAUAUCAUUGUUUUAUUUAAUAUAAAGAUCGUACCCACCCUCCUUCCAUGGUUCCCACCCUCCAGGUUAUUUUCCCUUUCUGCAGCGGUUGCACUACAGGUAGCUACUGUGUAUUAUGGACAAAUGAGAAAUGAAUUCUUUUUCUGGCUGUCCAUCUUAUUUUAUUUCAAAUAAGGAAAAGUGUAUUUGGAUUUUGUGUAAAUACAUCUAGUGAUGACAUUUUUUCAAUGUUUUUAAAAACUGUGUACAGUACUACAUGUGGUAGAGCGUUUUCUUCAAAUUGUCUAUUGUAGCAAAAAUGUUUUUGUCGUAAACCUGUUUUGUCUCCUUUUUUUUGUUCUCUUGCCACUUCUCUCCUCUUCCUCCCACCCCUGGCUCCCUCCUCUCCCCCCACCCCCACAACUAGUUCCGAUGUACAUAGUAAUUGUAAUGUUUUAGACUUUACAGAAACUUUCCUGUAUUCUGUAUAUAAAAAAACAAAAAUACU